UCUAAAGUUCUAAAGUAGUUGAAGGGUCGCCAUUACAUCACUUUUCUCCCUUCUUUCUGGUUUUCCUGCUUUCUUCCCCCUCUCUCCCUCUCUCUUUUUCUCUGAUUAUCAGUUGAGAAAGAGAGACAGAGAAAGAGACCGAGUGAGUGGAGAGAGAGAGAAAGAGAAGGGGUUUACUCUGAUCAGGACAAAUGCCAGCAUUAAAAAUGAAAGCCAAACCUAACGUGAGUUGUUUAAGAGAAGGCGAUGGUCUCCGGGUAUGCAACAAAUCAUGUAAGAUAUCCAAAAACUCAUCUCUGCAAGUCAGAGUAUCUCAACAAGCAGCAGAAUUGGACACUUCGCUUCAAAAUUCUGAGGAUGUGUCUUCCGACAUCGAAGUAUCUCAACAAGAUAUGGGACAUGAUAAAGUUGUUGAUGACUUAAAAUUGGUGGAUGGAGGAGCCCUUCAAUUUCAAAUGUCACCAUUGUCUUCAGUUGAUUCUGCAUCUGUUUCAAGAACGGAUUUGCCAUCAACCUUGUGCAAUCCAGACUUGGAAACAAUCUUCUCACCUGCUUUGGAGUCACCCACCUGCCCUUCAAACUUGGAAACAAUUUUCUCACCUGGUUUGGAGCCCAAUGAUGUUCACUGUAUACCAGAAGUUCACAACUGCAAUGCUGGGAGUGAUGAAGUACCUGAUGUGCCACAUUUGGUUGCUGAUGAAAGUGAUGAUGGUAGCAGUAGCUCAAGUGACUAUCAAACAUGCAAUGUAUCAGAUUUCUUUAUAUCUGACAUGAGUCUUGCUGGUUUGUCUUUCGAUGGGGACAUAGGAUUUGAUGAUGUUGCAGAGGCCAAUUCCUCUCUUGGUUACAGCUGUACUGAUUCUGAUAUGAUGUCUGAUAUAACUGAGAGAUACAUCAUACUGCCUUUCCUUGAGGAAACUGCUGGACCAAGCAACACACCUCAUGGUGAGGUGUGUGAAGAGGUGGUGACAAAUUCUGAUGAUUCAUGUUUGUAUCUGGCCAUCCAUCAGAUGAAAGCCUGUGACCAGGAGCCUGAUGUUAACUCUCACUCUGUGGACUUGGAUAAAGGGAACUCUUUUGAGCCACAUUUGUUUACGGAAAACUUACACGAUCUAUCUGAUGUGGUUACAUCAUUUAGGCCUAUGUUGUUGCCAAAGGAAACAAGGAAAAGGAAGUCAGUCACCCUCGUACUUGAUUUGGAUGAAACACUCGUCCACUCCACCUUGGAACAGUGUGAAGAUGCAGACUUCACCUUUCAGGUUUUCUUCAACAUGAAAGAGAACACGGUUUAUGUGCGACAAAGGCCUUACCUCCGGACAUUCUUGGAGAGAGUUGCGGAUAUGUUUGAAGUUGUUGUCUUCACUGCCAGUCUAAGUAGCUAUGCUGAAGAGCUUCUGAAUAUACUGGAUCCGGAAGGAAAAUUUAUCUCCCGACGCGCUUAUCGUGAAUCAUGCAUUUUUUCAGAUGGUAGCUACACCAAAGACUUGACAGUUUUAGGAGUUGACCUGGCAAAAGUUGCCAUAAUUGACAAUUCUCCACAGGUUUUCCAGUUGCAAGUGAAUAAUGGGAUCCCAAUUAAGAGUUGGUUUGAUGACCCAUCUGACCGUGCACUAAUUUCGUUGCUUCCCUUCUUAGAGACACUGGUUGAUGCUGAUGAUGUCCGUCCUAUCAUUGCAGAGAGAUUUGGUAAUAAAGAGGAGCAGAGCCCUCUGUUCUCUUCCUCAUUAGCUUGAAUUUAACAGUCCUGUGUCCCCUCUUCUCUCCUCGAGCAACUGUUCAAUACACCCAUAUCUUAAACCCUUAUCCCUCUUUGAACUAGAUUAAUUAAUUAUACACCAAGUAUAGCUUGUUGAGUUGACCAGUGGUAUUGGCCCAUCUUACUUCUUCCCUACUCAAGUGUCUCUGAAUAGAUGUAUCCAUCCUGUGUCUAGAUAUAGUUGCGUAGAAUUUCUUUUUAAUUUUCAUUGUGCAGAUGAAGGUGCAGAUGUUUCCGUACAGGUGUGUAUAUGACUGAUUUUACAAUGAAUAAAGCUGUCGUGGAAUAGUUUGCUUUUGUUUGUCGGGGAAUAUCGAUGUGAUGAAAGUUCUGGUCUGAAUAUCGUUGUUUCUACUGCUUUCUGGUAUUUCAUGAUCCUCUUUCUCCUUGGAUACAAGAGAAUGAUUAAAAUUCUUCACUAUAAUGAAUUAUCAUUCUAAAUAGUGUUUAUUGAUUGAGAAAUUCUCUUCCUCGUAUUGAAAAUGUUUCUGAGCUCCCACUUUCUCUUCUUAUCAAUUUUGUGAUAGUAACUUUGUAUCAACAUUUUUAUUGAAUAUAUCAUAUACAUACCAUAGUUGUCAAGGCAGCGUCUAGGAGCCUUUUUUGGUCUCGCCUUGGUUUUUCACCCUCCCUAGCCGCCUUGACAACUAUGAUCUAUACUAACAUACUCUUUAUUGUUAUUUGGUGAAAAGGACAUGAGCGUUUCAUAUAUUCUGUUUUCUGGAAAUUAUUGAUUUGACUAAUUUAUUUCUUGGUAGGAUUUGAAAAGAUUCAAUUGACUUGAGGCAUGAUUGAAGUUUUACUUGCAGAAGUAUGUUGUUCAUUGCAAAACUAGUUAAGAUGUGUCUUUUUUAUUGUCAAUUCCCCUAGUCAGUAGGACAAAAAUUGCUUUUAUCCCAUAAACAAAGAAGCGGCAAGUUAUUUGAAUCUAUGAGAACUAUUUCUUCCUCCCUCACUGAAACAGUGCACAUUUGCACUUAAUGGAUGGAGAAUGUACAGAUGGAAUAUCGUGGUGGGUCCUCCUUAUUUGAGAGAAAAACUGUCAAAACUGGAUUGAGUGAAUGGUGGAAGGAUGAUUGACAGCUGAUGAAUUAGUAAUUAAUCAAAUCAGAGGACUGUCAAAAGUCGAUGACUAAAUGAAUGAUGAUGCAUUAGCAGAUAAUGGAUGCACACACUAGAAAGCUCCUUGGGAGGAUGCAGAAAUUUUCUAACUGUGGAUGGUGAGGGAGUUUGUGCAAAGAAGUAGAUGGUUGGGAAUUACAUCAAAAGAUUUCUGUGUAUCAUCCUGAUGGUUGUACUCCUUAACAUGAUGGCUGCCCUGUCACUGCUCAAGAUUGUCACUGUUUUGUGUGAAAAUAAUGAAACGCAUUUCAAAGUUGGAGCUUCUUGGUCCAAUUGUGAGAUCUGAGAAGGUGGGUAGGUUGAGUAUAGGUUUUCCAUUGAAGCAAGUCUCUGUUGAAAGUCUUUAAAGGUCCCAUUGUGUUCAACUGAGACCUAUCCUUGCAGUGUUUACUAACCUUUUUAAUCUCUCCAGAGGGUACCAUUAAACAGUGAAUAUAGAUAAUAAGCAGUGACUUGAGUUUGUCUGGGAAUUUAUUGGCAAAGCUAUUUAAGUGCUGGGUUAUAAAGAUGCAAAAAUUAAAAUCAAAUGCUAGUUAUAGGUGAUUCUCAUUUCUGCAUUGUAACAGUAGACAAUAGUAUUCAGGGGUUGGAACAUGUACUUGUGAUGCUUGACAGACUCACAGACUGCAAGAAUGUCGAGGAGGCCAAGAGGCUAGAUAGCUAUGAUUUGAUCAUGUAAGAAGACGUAGAUGUUCUUAUGGUUCUUAACUCACUUAGUGAGACAAUGUGGGACCAUCAAAUGCUACAUUGCUUUGCUACACAUGAUAAUUGGUAUUUACUUGUUGCAUUCACUAACAUUGGCCCUGGAAUUGAAAUUCAAAUAACUGGGCCUGUUUUGGAUGUUGACUGGUCUGCAGGUGAUCCAGAUUUGGAAAAGAUCAUUGGACUGGCCUUCAAAUGGCACAGAGGAUGGAUAUGUAGAACUAUAUUUCUGAGAAUCAUGCUUUAUUAAAGUAUCACUGUUUAUCUUUCAUUUUUCCUGUUUAAACUUUUUUUAACAGAAAAGCAAGCAGUGGAGCUGUAUGAUUUUGUCCA